AUGGAGGGCAGCUGGAAGGGCAUCCUGACCAUGCUGGGCAUCCUGGCUGGGCUGGCAGGUUCUGGGUCCAGUUCUGAAAUCAUAGAAGGUCCUAAGAAUGCAACGGUCCUGGAGGGCUCGGAGGCCCGCUUCAACUGCACUGUGUCCCAGGGCUGGAAGCUCAUCAUGUGGGCGCUCAAUGGCACUGUGGUUCUGAGCAUCACGCCCACGGAACCUAUCAUCACCAACGACCGCUUUACCUCCGCGAAUUACGAGGUGGGCGGUAACUUCAUCUCUGAGAUGAUAAUCCAUGAUGUGCAGCUCAGUGAUUCCGGGCAUAUCAGGUGCAGCCUCCAGAACAGUAACCGGGAUGGAUCUGCUUUCCUUUCAGUCCAAGUUAUGGGAGAGUUGCUCAUUUCCAGUGAUAGUCUUAUAGUCAUUGAGGAUGAAGCUUGUAAUGUUACUUGUCGAGCAACAGGCUGGACCCCACUCCCGAAUAUUUCCUGGGAGAUCGGUGUCCCGGUGAGCCAUUCAAGCUAUUAUUCUGUUCCGGAGCCUGGUGACCUCCAAAGCACAGUGAGUGUCCUGGCUCUCACGCCACAGGGCAACGGGACUUUGACUUGUGUGGCUGACAUGAAGAGUCUACAGGCCCGCAAGUCUGUAACUGUAAACCUUACUGUGGUUCAGUCUCCCCUGGGCAAUAUUGAUAAACCAGGUACGUCAUUGCCUACCUGGGCCAUAGUUCUACUUGCAGUAUCAUUUUCAUUGCUGUUGAUCCUGAUCAUUGUUCUGAUUAUAAUAUUCUGCUGCUGUUGUGUGUCUGGGAGAGAGAAAAAAGAAUCUAGUUAUCAAAGUGAAAUAAGGAAAUCUGCAAAUGUGAAAACAGACAAAGGAACUUCUGAGACGAAGUUAAAAAGUGGAAACAAAAACUAUGGAUACAGUUCAGAUGAACCAAGGACCACACAGAUUGCUUCCCUCCCGCCCAAGUCCAAUGAAUUCAGUGUUCUGGAACAACAUAGCAGGAGCCAUCCUCAUCAGGAACCUGAUCGACAUCGGCCCAGCCCAGCAAGUCGUCCACAGGUUUCUUUUAAUGUGGCCAGUCCUAGGAGGGUCAGGAAUGUAACUCUAGUGUAGUAGAGACUUCCCUGGGUUUCCGUCUUGCGCUGUGGACAACUCACAACACGACGAUGUCAUCGUUCCUCCUCAUCCUAAGACAGGGCUCCAGCUUAGCCAGCGUUACCCAAACAGACGAUGUCAGAAUCAUCAAAACUGAGAUUUUAUAGUGAGAGGACAAAUUGAUUUUCCUAGGUUGCAAAGUCAAAUUACACUUUUGAAAUGUUUCGAGGUUUUAGUAAAUUCCAUAAAGUUACUAAGUAACGCUGCAAAUUCA